AUGACACUUCAAAACGAGUCAGAAAAGCCUCCACAAGCGGCGACGAGGGCAGCUGCAGCGGUCAUGUUGACGGUCAAAACCGGCUGCAGCAGGAGGCUAGCGCCGCAACAGCUAGCCGGGUUCACCGACGGCUAUCCGGCCAAGCCGGGGCAGGAGGCUGACACCGGGGGAGCAGCAGGCCCGGUUCACCGACAGCUAGCCAAGCCGGGGCAGGAGGCUGACACCGGGGGAGCAGCUGGUCAGGUUCACCGCCAGCCGGAGCAGGAGCCAGCUACAGUGCUAGCAGUCAGCCAGGUGGACCACCAACAGCCGGAGCAACAGGCGGCUAGCCCGGAGCAAGAGGCGGGUACCCUGGCAUCAGCUAGCCCGGAGCAAGAGGCAGGUACCCUGGCAUCAGCUAGCCCGGAGCAAGAGGCGGGUACCCUGGCAUCAGCUGGCCCGGAGCAAGAGGCGGGUACCCUGGCAUCAGCUAGCCCGGAGCAAGAGGCGGGUACACUGGCAUCAGCUAGCCCGGAGCAAGAGGCGGGUACCCUGGCAUCAGCUAGCCCGGAGCAAGAGGCGGCUAGCCCGGAGCAAGAGGCGGGUACCCUGGCAUCAGCUAGCCCGGAGCAAGAGGCGGGUACCCUGGCAUCAGCUAGCCCGGAGCAAGAGGCGGGUACCCUGGCAUCAGCUGGCUUGGAGCAGGAAGAUAGAGAAGGGGAAGAGAGGCAUUGA